AUGCAGGGUUCCAGCUGCUUCAUCCUUUCUCUCCUCCUAUUUUCUCCCAUAGUAUCUUCACUUUCUUCUGCACUUUCGGACGAAGAAGCAUCAGUAAUUGCUGAGGGCCAAUUCUCAACCCUUCCUGAAAAUGGCGACUUACCUGAUGAUUUUGAGUUUAAGGUAGACGUUCAAGUUGAAUGUCCAAAUCCAAGGCUUCGACGUGCCUACAUUGCGCUCCAAGCUUGGAAAAAUUCCAUACAUUCUGAUCCUUCAAAUUUUACAGGCAAUUGGGAAGGACCUGAUGUUUGCAGCUACAAUGGUGUAUUUUGCGCAACUGCCCUUGAUGAUCCAAAUACAACAGUUGUAGCCGGCGUCGAUCUCAACCAUGCUGAUAUUGCAGGCUACCUUCCUGUUGAAUUGGGAUUGUUGAAAGAUGCAGCUCUUCUUCAUCUGAAUUCCAAUCGUUUUUGUGGGAUUGUUCCCAAAAGUCUGUCCAAGCUCGCAUUAUUGCAUGAGUUGGACAUAAGCAACAACAGAUUUGUCGGCCCUUUCCCUAAAUCAGUCCUUUCGAUGCCUAGGCUUAAGUACCUCGACAUCAGGUUCAACAAUUUUGAGGGAGAGUUGCCUCCUCGACUUUUUGACAAAGAUCUUGAUGCAUUAUUCCUGAAUAAUAAUUGGUUCAAUUCAUAUAUUCCCGAGAAUCUCGGGAAAUCUCCAGUUUCUGUGGUGGUAUUUGCAAAUAACAAGUUCAAAGGCUGCAUUCCGUCUAGCGUUGGUAACAUGACAAACACCUUGGAUGAAAUUAUAUUCUUGAAGAAUGAACUUUCAGGGUGUUUGCCAACAGAAAUCGGACAGCUGAGGAAUACAACUGUCGUCGAUGUUUCAUUCAAUUCAUUCUCUGGCAUCCUGCCGAGGACAUUCAGUGGCCUUGAAAGGGUCGAGUUCUUGGAUCUUUCUCACAAUAUGUUGACAGGCUUUGUUUCUGAUGCCGUUUGCCAGUUGCCAAGUUUGUCAAACUUCUCAUUUGCAUACAACUACUUCAACGGAGAGGGAAAAGCCUGCGUCCCAAAUUCUAGGAAAGAUAUUGCAGUGGAUGAUACAAGCAACUGUUUGCCAGACAGACCGAAACAAAAGUCCCAGAAAGAAUGCAAUCCUGUGGUGAGCAAGCCGGUAGAUUGUAGCAAGGCCAAAUGUGGUGCGUCAAAGCCUUCGCAUAAAGAAAGCCCUGCUGGGAGGUCUAAGCCGCCAAAACCACAGCCUAAACCAUCACCAAAUCCACCAAAAUCGCCUCAACCAAAGCCUAAUCCUCCGCCAGUUGUAAAGCCACAACCUCCAAAAUCAGCCCCUCAUCCUCCACCGGUUGCAAAACCACAGCCUCCAAAAUUAUCCCCUCAUCCUCCACCAGUUGCAAAGCCACAACCUCCAAAUACUCCGCCAGUUACAAUGCCAUCACCCGUCGUCCAUUCUCCUCCACCACCAGUAGUAGUCCACUCCCCACCUCCUCCAAUCUAUUCCCCGCCACCACCCGUCUUACAUUCCCCACCCCUGGUAGUCCACUCCCCACCACCUGUGGUCCACUCUUUACCCCCUCCAACUUAUUUCCCACCACAACCCGUUGUUCACUCUCCUCCCCCACCACCUCGUGACUACUCUCCACCACUACCCGUUUCCUCUCCUCCUCCUCCGCCACCUCCAUAUCAAGAUGUCGUACUUCCGCCAACUAUUGGUGCGGUCUAUGCAUCACCACCUCCACCAAUAUUUCCGGGAUAUUAG